AUGUUAGACAAAAUUCAACUUUCACCGUCGGCGAAUUCCACGAGCUCAUUUGCAUCAUCUGCAGAAGACACAUUCUCUAGAGUUAGAAGGGCCAAAAGUGGUAAUAAACGGUUGCCGACAUGGUCUAAUUCGGAGAUGGGCUCAGGCCUUGAAAAUUCAAGCAAUAUAUUUGAUAAAUCAAAUCCUGUCCAUCCAUCAGAGGGUAUUACGUCCUUUACUCCAAUAAAGGCCCUUGUAUCAUCCCCGUUCAGGUCAUCUCGCACCUCACCUAGACGAAACGAUUUCUUAACUUACAAUGAAACAACACCAGAUGCUGAUUCAAUCCAAAAAGACAGCAUUAAGAAAAUCACGGAACGGCUUUUGGAUGCGGCUCAUGUUGGAGAUGACUUAUUUGGACAUGCACAGAAAAGAUAUUCCAGUUUGAAGCAAAAGGUCGAACAGAAGGAGAAAAUUCAUCAGCACCAAUUAGAGCUUAGCAUGACACCCGAAAAGAAAGAAGACCCCACGUUAUUUUCUCAAAUUUACAAUCGUUCAGUUUUUAGAUCGAGGAGAACCACCCCUGGGACGACUCCUGUUUUAUCUCCCAAUAAUGUGAUGUCUUCUUCCUAUAACAGGACGAUCGAUGGGAAACAAAAGCCCCAAAAUAAGAAGUUGGAUAAUGAUACAGACCUUGGUAGCCCAUACAUGAAAAUCGCUCUGAAGAGAAUGAUCAAUAAAAGCUAUGAAGUGGGCCGGUUGGUCGUUUGCUUGCUACUUUUUACUUUUUACAAGCUUAUUUGUGCCAUCGUCACCCUCUUGAGGAUAAAAGUUGAACUGAAAGGUUCUUCCGUGCGAAACAAAGAUACCACGCUUUUCACCAUCAUGAGCUAUGUUAAUUACGCAAUUUAUGUUGGCUUACUUUUAAAUAUACUUAUAGCAGUUGUGAGAUUGUUAAAGCCUCAGGACAAAUGCUUAGAUUUACCAUUAACGGAUUCUCAACGAAAGAUUUUGGGCCUACCCCAGAUUCAUAGCACGGAUGAUAUUGACGAACCAAACAUUAUAGGAAAGGCGGAGGUGAAAGAGGAGCCACCAAUUUUAAAAUAUUCAGGGUCCCCAAAUAGAUCUGGAAUAGAAAAUGAUAUUUCAAGAAGUUUUGCCAGCAUGAAUAUUUCAAGACUUAACGGUUUAACUCAGAACUCCGGUGUUAGACCUUUGAUAAAUUUGAACACUCCUUCAAAGGAUAAGGGGCCUUCAUCUCCGGAGAAAAUCAAGGAGCGUCUCCUAUCAGCACAUAGACAAAAUGGAACACACAGAAGUUCUUUCUUAGACCGGACAUUAAAUUCGCCUUUGGAUAAGACAAGUAGCUUUGAUAGGACACACUACUGA